CCACUUUUAUCUUCUUCAACAAAGAAGCUUUGAAUGACAAAGUUUCACGUUCCUGAAGGUGUAGUGAACAACAAGGGGAACAUUUACAUGGCGAGCACAAGUCCCUUAAACGUCUUCGAGGCCUAUUACGAGCAAUUUCAAAGAGACUUCUCUUUGUUUCUCAAGUGUCGUGCUGAAGAGGUGGUUGAAGGGGGCUGUAUGAUUCUAACAUUUUUGGGAAGAAGAAGUGAUGACCCAUCUAGUAAAGAGUGUUGCUACAUUUGGGAACUUCUUGCCAUGGCUCUUAAUGAAAUGGUCUUCGAGGGUAUUAUAAAGGAAGAAGAAGUGAACAGAUUCAACAUCCCUCAAUACACACCAUCCCCAUCUGAAGUGAAAUCAGAGGUUAUGAAAGAAGGCUCAUUCAGCAUCGACCGCUUAGACGUUUCUGAAGUACAUUGGAAUCCUUUUAAUGAUGAUGGCUCCGAUGAUGGAGGAUACCAUGUUGCAAACCUCAUGCGCUCUGUUGCUGAACCUUUGCUAACCACCCACUUUGGAGAAGCCAUAAUCGAAGAUGCUUUUUGCCGCUACCGAAGAAUCUUAACCCGUAUUAUGUCUAAGGAGACAACUAUGUUUAUUAAUGUCACUGUUUCCAUGACACGAACUGCAUCAUGAUUCAUGUGCCAACAACAUAUGUUGCCAUGGUUCACUUUAUUUUGC